CUCCCUCUCCCUCUCUCUCCCUCCCUCUCUCCAUCGCACACACUCACUGCACAUCACCCGCUACAACCACAACACGCGCUCACACACUCACCGCCAUCCUGCCCGUGUCACACAGCUGGUUAGCUAGCUAGCUAACGUUGUUUCUCACAAACUGCCGGCGUUGACGUUUCGGUUAGAUUUACUUUUUCUCUCGUUCUGUUAUGUGUAGACGCCAUUAUUGUUGAAGUAACGGAUUAUCUGCAUCCCUGCUCGGCUGACCGGGAGCCGCCAUGGAAUGCCGUGUUCUGUCCAUACAGAGCCAUGUAGUCCGAGGAUAUGUGGGCAACAAGAGCGCCUCUUUCCCAUUACAGGUUUUAGGGUUUGAGGUGGACUCCAUCAACUCUGUCCAAUUCUCCAACCAUACGGGUUAUUCUCAUUGGAAAGGCCAGGUGUUGACAGCAGAUGAGCUCCAUGUGCUUUAUGAAGGAAUCAAACUGAAUAACGUACACCAGUAUGACUAUGUUUUAACAGGGUAUACCAGAGACACGUCCUUCUUGGAGAUGGUGGUGGACAUCGUUCAGGAGCUAAAGAGAGCCAACCCCAACCUGGUCUAUGUGUGUGACCCCGUCCUCGGAGAUCACGGAUCGAUGUACGUUCCUCAGAACCUUUACCCGGUCUACAAGAACAAGGUGGUUCCUGUGGCUGACAUUAUCACUCCUAACCAGUUCGAGGCUGAAUUGCUGACAGGGAAAAACAUCAGCACAGAGAAAGACGCCGUAGAGGUCAUGGACCUUCUUCAUGCUAUGGGCCCAGACACAGUGGUCAUCACCUCCUCUGACCUGCCAUCCAGACUGGGAGACCGCUUCCUGGUGUCGCUGGGCAGCCAGCGCCACGUUCGUCCCGACGGCAGCAGGACGACACAGAGAGUUCGAAUAGAAGUUCCCAAAGUGGACGCCGUCUUUGUAGGAACUGGAGAUUUGUUUGCUGCUAUGCUGCUAGCGUGGACACACCACUACCCUAAUGACCUAAAGACGGCCUGUGAGAAGACCUUUUCAGUGAUGCACCACGUCAUCCAGAGGACCAUCUCGUACGCUCACGAGUUAGCGGGUCCUGGUCGGAGGCCCAGUCCGCCCCAGCUGGAGCUGAGGAUGGUUCAAAGUAAAGCUGACAUAGAGGACCCUGCUAUAGUUACGGAGGCCACAGUCAUAUCCUAACAUUACCGACCCAUAAGACUCAUACUAACUCAUACUGACUCCUCUUCACCCAUAAACCUCUCAGAUCCUGUAUCUCAGUAAAUAUCUCUUCACUGUAAACCUUGACUGUCAUUUCCAAAUGUCAGCACCUCAUCAUCCAGACUCCUGAAACCCCUUGGUAUUGUAACCCCUUUAGACUUUCCACCCUAAACUCUUUACCCCUUUAAGUCCUCAGUGUCCUGACCCCUUAAAUCCAACCUGUAACUCCUGCGCCCUUUUACCCAAACCCGGUUUAGAAGCCAGAGCGAUGGAUAGACAGACAGUUUGCUCGGGACGGACUGUGGCGGCCCGUCGCUGUCUCCGCUUUCAGACUCUAAUGAUCAAACUCUGUCUAUCUAUGGCUCUGCCCACCCACUAUUUCAACCCCUUCCCUGUCUUACAGCAGUGAUGUAAUGGUGACCAAGUCUAACUCCCCGAGACCCCUUGAAAAUAUAACAAAGGAAAAAAAAACGCACAAUGUAUAGUUGAUGUAUAGAUGUUGUACUAUAACUGUAUUGGACCAUCUGUAUGAUAUCUUCUAUCUGAUCUGUCUAUUGGACCAUUGUGUUGAUGCUACUGUACUAUAGACCACACGCACUACAAUAUCACCGAAACCGGAGACAUGUGGGCUGGUUCUGGCACUCCUGGAGGCUCCAGCGGCUCCAGUCGUUGUCACUUGUUAGUGAUAGGUAACUGUCCUAGUAGUUAGAUUAUAUAGUUGAACCUCUUUCAUCUCAACAUUACGUAGAUAAAAAUGGGCAACCUGAGCUGUCUGAGCCGUCCCUGGCCGCUUUUACUUGUGCUAGACCAACCAGAAAUGGGCUACCUCAGUGCCAGAACCCACCCACAUCUUGCCGGGUGGUUCCCGGUCAGGCUCUGGCCCAGAACCCUACAUCUGAGAGCGGAGCCACUGAAUCUACUGGAGGCCUCGACAAGUUGUAAACGGGGACCGUCGUCCUUAUGGCAGGAGGCUUCCCCCUCGUCCAACAGCAGCUCUUCUUUUUGGUUCGCUUCACACUCCACUGUGGUCCGACAGCAGACGUGAUGCAGAGGUUGAAUUUUUCACGUUAAAUACGAGCGUGUUGCUCUGUUGCCCUGAUGGCAAACUGUAAAGCAUCUGUGAUGUGUUUUGAACUGCAAAUUAUUUUUUAUUAUUGUCUAAUAUUAUUUAUUUAUUUUUUUAAAUGAUGAUGAAUUUUACCCGUAAAAUGACACCAAUUUGCUAAAAACUUCCCAAGUUACACAAUUUUCCUAACAAACAAACAAAUGUGCUGCUUGUAUAAAGCACUCAUUUUUACAUGAUUAACAAACAAUUCAGUUGGUGACCAAAAUUUCAUUUUUGUCUGGCGGAUUUGAUCCUGCACAGUGUAAAGUCUUCGGCCAUGCUAGGGAAUGACGCUGGUCAUAAAAAUCUGAUGACUCAUCGGUCAGGUGUUCUAAUGUCAUGUUUGUCACAGUGGAGUGUGAUAUUAAAGAGGUGAGGAGAACGUGACGUGACCGUGGUCAUGAGCCGGUUUCAAACCAAUGAUGUCGCGAGAACUUGGCAUGUGCCUUAGCCCGCCGAGCUACCAGGGCACCCCAGGAGAUGAGGUUUUUAGGUUUUAAAGUUUUAACAUUUUUAAGUUCUCCCCCUGGCUGCCUCCUGAUUUGAAUGUUCAGUAAUUGUUUAACAACAGGAAACGGCUAAAAUCUCAAGUAGCUUUGCUUGGCAACAACAUGCCAUUUUGGGAAGUGUAAACCACAUAACCCGAGGCUUAAAAAAUAAAAUAAAAAUCCAGAUGGCUUCAGUGUCCCAGCAGAGCUGGAUGUAAGGUUCUGGGCAGGCCAGCGUAAUUCUGUACUGCUGUUGUUUCUCUAUGGACUGUACUGUGAUACUGCCUUAGGAACCGAACAUCAUUAACACCACACACUGCUCACCGAGGGGGAGGUGGAGAGGGAGGAGGAGGAGGAGGAGGGGGAGGAAGGAAACAGGAGAUGUCUUAAACGGAGGUACUUCUGAUUGCAAAUCUCUGUCCUGCACUGCACCUGAAGCCAGGAAAAGAUUUUCUGUUUCAAUCUAUGAAAAUGUUUUAUUUAGGGCCGCAAGUAAUUAUUUCAUUAUCGAUUAAUGAAUCAUUUGUUUUAUAAAAUGACAAAAAAAUUGUGAAAAAUGCCACUUUUUUUAAACUAACCAUUCAAAUCACAGUGAUAUAAAACUGUAAAAAGCAGCUGAAAGCAGUUAAAUUUCAUUCCUUUUGCUUGAUAAAUGAUUUAAAUCAGAUUUAACUUCUGUUGCUUUUCUGUUGAGCGACUAAUUGAUUUGCUGCUUGAGCCCUGAAGUUUCUCUGUAGCUUACAGACCAGCAGCUCAAACGUGUGAAAACACCUCCUGGACUCGUGGUGGUUAAAAAACAAAUGCAGACUCGUGUUUUAAACCUGCAGUGGCUGCUGCUGACAUUCGCACUCGUAGUGAUUUGCUGUGCUGCCGUCGCCCUGAUUGUCAUAUCAGUAACAGACUGCUGUGUGUGUGCGCUUUGCCGACCAGCCAAACUCUGCGAUAACCAACACGUGCACGUGCCAGUCGUCCACUUCCUGCUAACGCACCAGUCAGCCGUGUUGUUGGGUCAGAAUGUGUGUGUGUGAGAGUGUAUGUACAUGCGUAUAUAAAUGUCCUUUAUGGUCACAGGGUUUUGUGUGUGUGUGUGUGUGUGUGUGUGUGUGUGUGUAAAUCCCUACAGACUAACAGAGAGGGGGGUGAGAGAGGAGAAGGGUUAAAAAACAAGGGACAGGAGGGGAGGUACGUUCAAGAGGACAAUCACUCUGUGACGUUACGCAGUGUUUGACGACUCCCUUCUCCCCCCGUCUGCCAAACAAAUAGGUUUUCUUGUGGACUUGUUGAAAGGAUCUUAAACAUUUCCUGGAUGCCUCACGUCCCCUCCUCCUCUUCCUCCCCCUCCGCCCAUCCACAUGCAAACACAUCUGUCCCUUGACCCCGCCCGCCUCCCUGCGGCGCCACUCGUCGUGUCUGUAUCGCUCGUUCUUGAACCUUAGCCUUGCUGUGCGUGUGUGUUUGUGUGUUAGAUGGUAAUACUGUACCGCGACUCCCCCGUAUCCCUCUGCUAGCCUGUCCCCGCCUCUGUCCCGCCUCUGUCCCCGCGGCGGUCUCAACCCGCCGCUGUCUCUCUCUCCACUCGCUUGCUGUGUCUUCUGUGAUGCGACUUAACCUGCUCGCCCCGCGUUCACCAACUCUUCCUCCGGCUUGUUUAACUUCACCACGACCUCCGCCAAACGUCCGUGCAAAGCCCUUCCUUCCAAAGCUCUAAGCUGUUUAUUUUAAACUGGUGGUUUAAUUUAGUGGAGCCUGUUCACUGCUGAUGGUGAACUGUUUGUGCUACACAAAAAGAGCACAAAAACACUGGCUGUUUUGUGUUUGUUUCACUUGUCCUUGAUGUGAACUGACACGAGGCCCGUCACAGCAGCUACUUUUUGUUGGAUGAAAUAACUGCGACAAACCACGUGAUUGUCCCUGUAAGUCCCGUAAGACUUGGUGCUGUGCUCAAAACUGUCGUUUAUUCUGGCAACGUGGUGGCUAAAAUCUGACAUUUGUCUGUAAACGACAACGCCUGUAAGCACAUGAUCGAGGUCAGACAUGUAGGAUAUAUCGUUAAGUAUGGAGGCAGGCCUGAGCGAAACCUUUGCUCGAACAGCACAGGUGGUCCUACCUGAGAGCGUCAGCGCACUCACAAACUGAACGCGAGCCUCUCAUUGGAUGUCCGAUGUAAACCAGUCACAGCCAGUUUCACUGCUUUGUCCCACCUGUUGCUAAAUUUGUCCAUCAGCCACCUUUUGGCUAACGACGGAACAUUUAACGGGCUUGUUUGAGUCUGUGGGCUGAGAGCAGUUAGCCAACUAAACCCUCCCGUGUGGCUUUGCUUGCUCCCCCCCUCUGCACCUGUUGUGACCGCCCCCCAUCCAUUUGGUUACAAAAUGGCUGCCACUAAAAACUUAAACGACCCGACCGCCCGUGUCCGACUGCGGUCCCCUCCUCUCCUGAACGACGGUUUAAUCUCCGCCAUCUUGUUCUUUUCUGUUGUCGGUGGCCAAAACAAAACGAGGAAAUGUAAUAAUCAUUGUUUGGUAACUGUUUUUAGUGCUAUGUUUUUGGAGCGUUACGAGUAUUUUCUAACAUGUUACAAUAAAAGAUUGUAGUGUACAAAUUCACAUUUAUAAAAUAUAUAUAUAGAUAUAUGAGAAAUGUAUGUUCUAAUGCAAUAAAGACAGAUUAAGAAUU